AUUUCACCACCCAAUCCUCAGCCCUUUGGAAAGCAGUUUCCAGCUGGAAGUCGAUGUCCUGAGUCAUCUCCUGAAAGCCCAGGCUCAGGUCUCAGAGUGGAAGUUCCUGCCGUCUCUGGUUAACUUGCACAGCGCUCACACCAAGCUGCAGACCUGGGGCCAGAUCUUUGAAAAGCAGCGGGAGACCAAGAAACAUCUGUUUGGAGGGCAGUCUCAGAAGGCCGUUCAGCCCCCACACCUUUUCCUUUGGCUGAUGAAACUCAAAAACAUGCUUCUUGCCAAAUUUAGUUUCUACUUUCAUGAGGCACUGAGCCGACAAACGACUGCUUCAGAAAUGAAAACGUUGACGGCAAAAGCCAACCCAGACCUGUUUGGAAAGAUUUCCAGCUUCAUCAGGAAGUACGAUGCUGCCAACGUGUCUUUAAUCUUUGAUAACCGAGGGUCUGAGAGCUUUCAGGGUCACGGCUAUCACCACCCCCAUUCCUACAGGGAGGCCCAAGGUGUGGACCAGUAUCCAGCCGUGGUGUCUCUGCCCAGCGACAGGCCUGUCAUGCACUGGCCCAACGUCAUCAUGAUCAUGACGGACCGCACCUCCGACCUGAACAGCUUGGAGAAAGUGGUUCACUUCUACGAUGACAAAGUUCAGAGCACCUACUUCCUAACCCGCCCAGAACCCCACUUUACCAUUGUCGUCAUUUUUGAGUCAAAGAAAUCUGAGAGAGACUCCCACUUUAUUUCCUUCCUCAAUGAGCUCUCACUUGCCCUUAAGAACCCCAAGGUUUUUGCAAGUCUGAAACCUGGAUCCAAAGGUUAGCAGGUUAUCUGUGUGAAAGGUUUUCAAGAGAAGAAAUUGUGUUCUUAAUUGCUCUAAUGAUCUACAAUGGGCUGUGAUUAGGGUUUCGAUCCAUCCAUGCUUCUUUCAGAGCUAAAUUAAAGACAAAGCCUCCCUAAUUGUGUCGCACACUUUAUAUGCAAUUAAGGCCAAUUAAGUAAAGUAUCCAAAGGGUAAUCUAGGCUACAGUAUAUCUCCAUGGUACAGCAAAGUACUCUCAGUAUUUUCUCCUGUUUUCCUGUAUUUUAUGUAGACUGAAUAUUUAUUAGCCUUUGAUGUUUCUUUCCAGAUGUUUCUUUCCAGACGUUUUAUAUUCCAAACAUUGUGUUCUAAUGCCAUUCCAAACGCCCUCUCCUUUCCCCUCCCACUCAGAUGAGUAAUUGGGAUAAGAUAUUAAAUGGCCAUUUUAGAAUUAAGGAUUAUAUGUUUCCUAUCUCAUAAACUAGCCAGUUAACAUGAAGUUACUAGUUUUAUGAUUCCGAUCUACAAAUGAAUAUUUUUGAUGCCAAAAUUAGAGUCUUGGUGAGAAAUGUCCUCCAGUUAUUAAAGUUGAAGGUAAAUCAGAAUAGUAGGAUAACAUCAGAUCUUACCAGUUCAGAAGAUCCUAUGGCAACUUUAAUAGCCAUGGGUUCUUUUGGGGUGAUCUACACACCUAACUGCAUUUGUUUUUACCCUUAUAAAGUUUGAAUGUUUCACUCUAUUUUAAAGUCAGCAUAAGCCGUUAUGUGGGAUAUUUUCACAUAGUAUCUGCUUGGCUUUCUGUUUAUCACCUUUCUGCUGAAAUGUAUGUUCAUAUUUGGCUCUACCCUUGGUUAUUUUUAGGCUGAAAAAGCAUGCAGUCUUGGUUUUUCAGCCACUCUUAAACAUUCAUGUGACUCAGCCUACUUUCAUAAAAUCAAAAUGGAAUCGCUGCACUUGUUAAAAAUCAAUUGUGCAUUCAAAGGACCUCUUCAUACUUGUGUAAUCAACUCAGUACUUCAGCACAUCUGAACUUGGGAUUCGUGUCUAUCUCCUCCAAAUAUUUUUAGAAGUAGUGCUACAUCUUAACACAUGCUGCCUUAACCCUUUUCUUCAGUAUGUGUUCAGGAGGAAGAAGGCAUAAUGGGGCUGUGGAGACCUUCACCUCUAGCUUAUUGAUUCAGAAUAAAAAUAAGCCACAAAGAGUAAUUGAGUUAUUAUUUGAUGUUUCCUUCGAAGCUUGUGUGUCAUGUAAUAGUCCAGUCAGCCCUGUUUCUCAUGAUUGCUCAGAGCGAGCACAGCAGACAAGCCGGAAGCAUUGGCCGAGAUCAGAGGAGCCCCUCCGAGUCCAAAGGAGGCCCCCCUGAGUCUGGACUACUUGGAGGAAGAACCCACUGACCUAUUUUCUGGAGAGAACAUGUGCUUUCUUUUCUUUUUCCCUUUUAAAAAAAUAAAAGUCAUAUGAUUUGUAAAAAGCCAAUUUGCUUUAAAUAGAAAGUAGUGAUUUACCUCUGCAUUUUAUUCACUCAGGUUCUAUAAAAAUCUGAACAGACUGUACAACUUUGACCUUCCAUAAAACAUUGAAAACAAUUGGAACUAAAAAGUUAAAUCAUUUUUCCUCCCUUUUGUGCUUUUCUAAGAAGCUGCAAAACAUUCCUUGGCAUGCAUGUAUUUUUUUUUUCCUAGAUAAAACCACCAUUAGCCUUAAAGAAAAUAUGCUUCAUUAUAACAUGGAGAAGAGUGUAAAUAAACAUAUAUACAGUACUUAAAUACUCGCCUAGAACAUAUUUGAAUUGUAUAUUUAUUUUUAAAUAUAUUUUGGUUCAGGCCAAGAAACAAAGUCACUUUACUCUGAGAUUUGUCCUCUAAAUUCAGUAAUGAAGUGAUCUGUAAAGUGUAUGUUUUGCUAAUUGGAAGAGUAAACCUGCAUAUUUCCCACAGACUGUUUAUUUUGAAAUUUGUUUCUAAACCACAACUUGAUCGAUUCUUAUGGGUAACCAAGAGUGUGGUCAACACUGAGUUUAUGAGUCCAUCAAGGAGUGUUGCGUGUUAGGAUGCUGUUUGAACACAGGGUGAAUGUUUACCACUGUCUUCUCUUAGGUCCAGCCUGGUAUCUGACUGUGUCUUUUAGGGAGUGUGUGAAAUAGAGCCUAAUUCUUAACAGAGGAACCAAAAUCCUUUACAUAGUCACUUUGCAAAGUGAUUUUUGUUUAUUUGGACAUAUUAGAGAAAAUUUACUUUCAAGAAAAAAAAUAGUUGGUAAUUCACUGCACUCCCAGGAGAGUCACUCAGAUGAAGUUUAAAAUACUGGGUCCACCCUUAGAUCCAGCAGCAAAAGUGCAGUUUUGUUUCUUUGGCAAACAGCCUAUGAACUUGACUUCCUUAUCUGUAAAAUGGGGAUAAGGAAAUGUGGGCUCUUUUUCAAAGACUAUGUAAGAAUGGGAUGAGAUCAUGGAGUGUAAAAAAGGCUCCGAAAACAUACUUGGGUUUGAAAGUUGUAUCAAUAAAAGAUGGACCGCUCUUUCCUUAAA